AAGAAAUAUUUCUAUUUGGCACAAUGGCAUACCAAACAAUAAAAUCUUUUUAUACAAAUAAAAAUAUAUUUCUAACUGGUGGUUCUGGAUUUGUUGGAGUUUCUUACAUAGAAAAAGUACUCAGAAGCAUGCCAGAUGUUGGGAAUAUAUUCAUUUUACUUCGUCCACGGAAAGGACAAGGCAUCGAAGAAAGAUUGGAUACUAUUAAAAACAAUUCGGUAUUUGAUAUUAUUAAAAAUUCUGAGGGUUCUGAUGUACUAUUAAACAAAAUAAAACCUGUAUGUGGAGAUAUUUCUGAGGAAAAAUUAGGAUUAUCUGAUGACGAUUAUAAAAUGUUAUGUGACCAUGUCAAUAUCGUAGUUCAUUGUGCAGCCACAUUAGAUUUUGAAACGGACCUCAAAACAGCUGUAAUUAUCAACUUAAUGGGUACCAAGAGUAUAGUAGAACUAAGCAAACAAAUAAAAAACCUUCAAUGUUUAUUGCAUGUGUCUAGUGCCUAUGUUAAUAGUAAUAAAAAUUAUGCAAUGGAAAAAAUUUAUGAUGCACCAGCAAAUUAUAAUGAUAUCAUUAAUUAUACUCUAACUAUGGACAGCGACAAAUUAAACAGCUCUGCUGAAAAGAUAAUGGGAGAUCAUAUCAAUACAUAUACAUUCACUAAGGCUUUGGCUGAGCAUGUUGUUAAUGAUGCCAAAAAUAUUAUUCGCACUUGUAUAGUACGGCCAAGCAUGAUUGUUGCUUCGUGGAAAGAACCUGUUGAAGGCUGGACAGUAUCAAAAAAUGGUCCACAAGGAUUUAUAAUGGGUGCUUCAAAGGGUGUAGUUAGGCGUUUACCAGUAAAUCAGUCUUUAAUAUAUGAUUAUAUACCUGUAGAUGUGGUAAUAAAUACAAUUAUUGCUGGUACAUGGUUUAGUGCUCAAUUGCCAGAGAGUACACCGACUGUAGAUGGACAAACACCAAUAUUUCAUUCUACAACUAGCACAUGCAAUCCAUUCCGUUGGAAAGAUAUUUCAUCAAUAUUAACAGACACUUUACACAAGUAUCCUAUUCGUGGUGCUGUUUGGUAUCCAAAUAUAAAAUUUUUGCCAAAUUUAUUCAUGUAUUGGAUUUCUUCAGCUAUUUUUCAUUUCAUUCCAGCCUAUAUAUUAGAUUUUGUUACCAAAAUCUCAGGUGGAAGACCAAUUCUUGUACGACUACAUAAAAACGUGAACCGAUCACUCAGUAAACUUUCACCAUUUAUAUUUAAUGAAUGGAAAUUUGAUAAUGCUCGAACACUUCGUCUACAAGAAGAACUGAGUGUGGAUGAUCAAUCUGUAUUUUACAUUGAUCCUACACCCUUAAAUUGGCGUCCAUAUUUUAUAAAUCUCACGAUAGGUGUACGAAAAUAUUUACACAAAGAAAGUGAUAAAACAAUGAAACAAGCAUUGAAGAAAGAUUUCUUUUUAUUCAUUGCAAACAGUGGAGUUCAGUUAUCAGUAGUGAUUGGAAUAUGGUAUCUAUCUUCAUUCAUAACUGGUACGCCAAUAUUAGCCAAUUUUUGGGCUCCAUUAAUUGCUAUUAUUUUUGGAUAUUUUUUUUAAGUUCUUUAAUUGAAAUAAUAGUAAUUAAUAAUUUUUAAUAUGAAUU